AACGUGUUUUCUCUUCCUUUAUUAUCAAGAAGCAUCCAAAAUUCUUACAAUUUUAUUAUUAGGAGAAUGACAUUUUAGUCCCAUCCAGUUAUUCCCCCUUCUUCUCUAAGACUCUAACUCCUUGCCUUGAUGGUCACAUGCAAGGGUUCAAGUUUCCUAGCAGUAAGCGCCAGUGUGUCCACAUUCUCUUCCUCUCCUUCCUCCAAUCGCCACUCGAACUGCUGCACCAUCUUCCCAAUCGAAGUACAAGAAAUCAGCAUCGCCUGAAGAGCUCCGGCGCAAGCCCUCCUCCCUCCUCCAAACGCCAUCGUUUUGUGCAGAUCCAUCGUCGUGUCCGAUCCCCCGUCCAGAAACCUCUCCGGCAUCCACUCUUCCGGGCUCUCCCACUGUUUCCUGUCCAUGUUGCAUCCGAACGUGGUACCCUCCCAACUCCGUGUCGACGUCCACGUGGCGCAGGGGAAUGAUCGGAACAGGGCUGUGCCUUCGAAGGGUCUCGUGGAAAAUGGCGUUCAGGUAAGGAAGUUUUGACAGAUGUUGUUCGGAGAGUCCCUCGGAUGAUCCACAUGCGGUCAGGAUUUCCUGGAAGAGUCGUUCCUGACGGUCAGGAUUCUUGGCUAGCUCGUAGAUGGUCCACUCCGUUGCCACCAUUACAGUAUCGGCCGUCUCGAUGAUCGUCUCCCAUACCAGCAUCAUGAUCUGGAGGUCCGUCAGGGUCUUACCUUCUGAUAGCAAGUAAUCA